CUUUCCCCCUUUUUCUUUUCAUUUCUCUGAUUGAUGAAGCCGUCAGUAUUGAAGGAAAAUUCCCAGACCUUUCGUUGAAUGUUCUAACAACAAAAAAAAAAAAAAAAGUAUCCAAACACACCCUUAAAAUUUUCUUAAAGAUCCAUUUUGAUUUUUUAAGGAAGUGACAAAAAAAAUGCAGACAAGGUACAUGGAAAGAUCUAAUAGUAUGGGGGGAAGAGAGAAGAGAUCUUUGGAUUCUAACUCUAAUGUUGAUGAAGAUGCUCAACCUGACCGCAAAAGACCAGCUUUAGCUAGUGUGAUCGUUGAAGCCCUUAAGGUCGAUAGUCUGCAGAGACUUUGCUCAUCCUUGGAACCCAUUCUUCGAAGAGUUGUUAGUGAGGAAGUAGAACGUGCUUUGGCAAAGUUGGGGCCUGCAAGACUUGUUGGAAACGGAAGGUCUUCUCCCAAGCGAAUCGAAGCACCUGAUGGGAGAAAUUUGCAGCUUCAGUUCAGAAGUAGGCUUUCUUUACCUCUUUUUACCGGAGGCAAAGUAGAAGGCGAGCAAGGAUCUGCAAUUCACAUCGUUUUAAUUGAUGCGAAUACUGGGCAACUUGUCGCAACGGGUCCAGAAUCAUCUGCGAAACUGGAUAUUGUUGUGCUUGAAGGUGAUUUCAAUGAUGAAGAUGAUGCCGAUUGGACCCAAGAAGAUUUUGAGAGUCAUGUGGUGAAAGAGCGCGAAGGAAAGAGACCCCUUUUAACUGGAGAUGUGCAAGUGACACUGAAAGAAGGUGUGGGAACUCUUGGAGAACUGACAUUUACUGAUAAUUCAAGCUGGAUAAGAAGCAGACAGUUCAGGCUAGGACUGAGGAUUGUUGCAGGGCAUUGUGAUACUGUUCGUAUCCGUGAAGCAAAGACUGAAGCUUUCACUGUCAAGGAUCAUAGAGGGGAAUUGUACAAAAAACACUAUCCUCCUGCAUUAAACGAUGAAGUCUGGAGAUUAGAGAAGAUUGGGAAAGAUGGGGCUUUCCAUAAGAGACUAAAUAAAUGUGGCAUAACUACAGUUGAAGAUUUCUUGCGGUUCGUAGUCAGAGAUCCACAGAGGUUGCGAAAUAUACUCGGAAGUGGCAUGUCGAAUAAGAUGUGGGAUGCACUUGUCGAGCAUGCAAAGACGUGUGUACUUAGUGGAAGGGUUUUUAUCUACUAUCCCGAUGGUCCUCAAGGGGUUGGCGUAAUUUUCAACAGCAUCUAUGAGUUUAACGGACUAUUUGCUGGUGGCCAAUACUACUCAACUGAUUCUCUUUCCGACACUCAGAAGGUCUAUGCAGACACGUUGAUAAAGAAAGCGUAUGAGAACUGGACCCAUGUUGUGGAGUAUGAUGGCAAGUCUCUCUUGAGCUUGAAACAGAACAAGAUCGAAGAUUCCUCCAGGACUGAGUCACCAGUUUCCCAACCAAACCCCAAUUUCUACACCCAUGAACUCUCUUUACCCAGCUUACCUGUUGCUCCUCCCAUGGAACAGCCUUCUGUGGAUCCAGGUCUGAAGAUUGGAGGUUUACAUGAUGCAAUGGGUACAAGAUACUCUGCACAGUCACAAACAAUGAACUUUAACGGGUCUGCUCAAUAUGCCACAUCACUUUUGCCUCAGAAUCAGUUCAUUGGUACUUCGGGUCUAAGCCAGCCUUCCAGAAACAAUGAUGCAUUGUCUCUUGGACCUGCACAACCAUCCUUGUCCGGGUUGCAGCCUGUUGGAACCUCCAACUUUGUAGAUUACAGGGGAAAUGAGAACUUGCUAUCAGAGGAAGAUAUCCGCAUGAGAAGUCAUCAGAUGCUUGAACAUGAAGACAUGCAACAUCUGCUUCGCAUAUUUGGGAUGGGUAAUGGUGGUCAUCAAGCUCAAAAUCCCGUCAGUGUGUCUGAGGACCCGUACCCAUAUUCAGCAGGUUAUGCCCCAUCACCAGCAAUCAAUUUCAAUUUCGAUGAGGAUAGAAGCCGCUCUUCUGGGAAAGCUGUUGUGGGAUGGCUCAAGCUUAAAGCGGCCCUUAGGUGGGGCAUCUUUAUCAGGAAGAAAGCUGCUGAGAGACGGGCUCAGCUUGUUGAGUUGGAUGAUACAUAAAUAUGAACCCCAAUCAAGAUGGCCCUGGUUUAUUUACAAUUAGCUGGUCAUUAGGCCCCAACUAGCUAAUGUUCUACAGUUGCGUAGUGCAGUAUAAGGUUAUAAACUUGGACGAAUAUUAUAGUGGGGAUGAUGCCUGCUUUCUUGACUUGCUUGGUAAUGGAUCUUGCUUGGUAAUGGAUCCCUAAGGAUAAAAAGGACUUGAAGCUGAGUCGAGAUGCUAUAGCAGAAAAGUGACUAAUUUCAGGGAUACCUUCUGCGAGCAUGAGAGGGUUCUUUUGUUUUACCAUCUCUGCCUGUACCUCCACAUCAAGGUCUUUACCUCCGCAAUCUGCAUCAAGGUCUUUAAUAUAAGAGGCCUGUUUUUAUGUUCAUUUUUUUUGUCACUGUGUACUUGUUGUAUCAUGACUGGUUAGAUGAGGUCUAACUUAACAAAAUCUUGUGUAUUUAUUAUUUUGACGCAAUAAUUGUUAGUGGUAGUUAUCUUGAUUACCAGAUGGAAUAAUAUGCUUGAAUGAAAUCUUCAUUGUUUUCAUC